AUGACUAAGGAUCAGGCAAGUAAACGUUUUUAUCGCGUGGACAGUAAUUAUGAUUUUACUGCAUUUAUGGAUCGUGGCCAAACAGCUGCUUACGAAAACCGAUGGGUUUUUGAAACAGCUUGGGAAGUCUGCAAUAAAGUUGGUGGUAUUUAUACAGUAAUUAGAUCCAAGGCAUUUGUCUCAACUGAAGAAAUGGGAGAACAAUAUUGUUUAUUGGGUCCUUAUAAAGAAAACUAUGCUCGGACAGCUGUUGAAGAACUAGAAUUCGAAGGAGGUUCUCCUUAUCACACAGCAGUAACAAAAAUGAGAGAUCAAGGAUUUAAGUUGUUGACAGGUCGAUGGUUAGUCGAUGGUAGUCCACAAGUUAUAUUGUUUGACAUUGGUUCAGCUGCUUGGAAAUUAGAUGAAUACAAGCAAACUUUAUGGGAUACGUGCAACAUAGGAAUCCCACAUUUAGACGUAGAAGCUAAUGAUGCCGUAAUUUUGGGAUAUUUAAUAUCUGAAUUUCUUUCAGAAUUCCGUGUGGCAGCAGCAGCAUACAUUGAUUCAACGCCAUUGGUUGUUGCUCAUUUUCACGAAUGGCAAGCUGGCAUAGGGUUGAUAGCAUUACGUACAAAAAAAGAACCAAUUGCUACAGUAUUUACAACUCACGCCACAUUAUUAGGUCGAUACCUCUGUGCUGGAAAUACUGACUUCUACAAUAAUUUAGAAAAAUUCAAUCUCGAUGAAGAAGCUGGUAAAAGACAAAUUUAUCACCGUUAUUGUAUGGAACGAGCUGCAGCACAUGUUGCACACGUUUUUACCACAGUAUCUGAUAUUACCGGAAAAGAAUCCGAGUACUUACUCUCCCGGAAGCCCGAUAUUAUAACUCCCAACGGGUUAAAUGUUGUCAAAUUUUCAGCAUUACAUGAGUUUCAAAAUCUUCACUCGCUAUCCAAAGAGAAGAUUCACGAUUUUGUCCGCGGCCAUUUCCAUGGACAUUAUAAUUUCGAUCUGGAAAAGACGUUAUAUUUCUUUACGGCUGGUAGAUAUGAAUUUUCUAACAAAGGAGCAGACAUUUUUAUCGAAGCGUUAGCUCGUUUAAAUCAUUAUUUGAAAAAUGCCAAUUCAGAUAUGACUGUCGUAGCCUUCCUUAUAUUUCCCGCACGAACGGAUAACUUCAACGUGGAAAGUCUCCGUGGCCAUGCCGUUACCAAAAGCUUACGAGACACUAUACUAGAAAUACAAACGAAAAUCGGCAGAAGGAUUUACGAAAUUUGUCUAAGGGGACGAAUGCCUGUCGAAGAAGAGUUGUUGAACAAAGAAGACACCGUCAGGUUGAAACGGUGUCUGUACGCUUUACAGAGGGACGACUUGCCACCGGUAACCACUCAUAACGUGGUAAAUGAUUGGUGCGAUCCCGUACUGAACACGAUACGGAGAUGUAAGCUGUUCAACACCACAGCCGAUAAAGUUAAAAUUGUGUUCCACCCGGAAUUUUUGUCCUCGACUAACCCGCUGUUUGGAUUGGACUAUGAGGAAUUCGUGCGAGGUUGUCACUUGGGAGUAUUCCCCAGCUACUACGAACCUUGGGGAUACACCCCCGCCGAAUGCACGGUCAUGGGAAUCCCUUCAAUUACUACAAACUUGUCGGGUUUCGGUUGUUUUAUGGCCCAGCACAUCGCUGAUCCUUUAAGUUAUGGAAUUUACAUCGUGGAUCGUCAGAACAUCAGCAUCGAAGAAUCUGUCAGACAACUCGCGCAGUAUAUGUACGAUUUUGCGAGAAUGAGCCGUAGACAACGAGUGAUCCAGCGAAACCGUACAGAAAGGUUAAGCGAUUUGCUCGAUUGGCGUAAUUUGGGUAUUUAUUAUCGUCAAGCCAGGUUGAAGGCAUUAUGUCAAGUGUUCCCGGAUAUGUUUGAUAAAGAAACAGAAACGUUAUGCAUCACAGAAGCAUCGAGACGUCGAUACAACUAUCCUCGUCCUUAUUCUGAACCACCGUCACCAUCGAGUAGCCGACCGACCACACCUGGAGCUUCACUACACGGUUCAGAUGACGAAGAUAUUGAUGAUGAGCGUGAGCUUGCAGAGCUUUCGGAACAUAAAAGUCAUUAA